UCCAGCCCCCUCGACUACCGGUGCCACGCGAGCCCGACGCGACCGAGCCCGUCUCCGCGCGAAGCUAUGGGACUGUCUGACCGGGGCGAUCCGCCGUGCGCCAACGAAGGGCCCGAGCUGCCGCCGGCCGCCGUGCAACCUUCUCCGCGGGCCGACCUGCUCUUCCGCCGCACCGCCUCGUCGCCGUCGGGACACGUGUCUCGGCUCGGCGGAUCCGACGAAGUCAGCCCGGGUGAUCGCUCUGCGGCGCCCAAGCAUCCCGCGCACAGUCCGCACUCGAGCCAGCACCACCAGUCUCAGCAACACCAUCCGCGGCCUCAGGCACAGCCGCAACAGCAGCAGCACCACGCUUCGUCCGGAAGGCCUCCGAUGGUGAUGCGAGCCGACAGCCCCCAAGAGAUGAGCGACGAUUUUCCGAAGCGAAAGCAACGACGCUACCGAACCACCUUCACCAGCUACCAGCUGGAGGAACUGGAGAAGGCCUUCGCCAGGACUCACUACCCGGACGUCUUCACGAGGGAGGAGCUGGCAAUGAGGGUCGACCUGACGGAAGCGAGAGUUCAGGUCUGGUUCCAGAACCGGCGUGCCAAGUGGCGCAAGCAGGAGAAGGCCGCUGGCAACGCUCUCCAGUCUCAGGGCUACAACCCGUACUCGACGGCGCAGUCACUGAGCUCUUCGACUCCCACCAUGGCUGCCGGAACGCAUCCUUCUCCGUCCAUGGCCGCUGCCGCAGCAGCAGCGGCAGCCUUCGGCUCCCUGUACGGUCGCAAGCCACCGACCUCCGCGGCACAGGAUUCAGCCCUGCUGAGCGCCGCUCGACUUUCGCCCUACAUUGGGCCGGCGGCUGCAGCAGCGGCCGCCAUGCCGCUUCUGACGCCGGGCCACGCGUUCUUCCCGAUCAGCCCGUUCGCGCACUUCCUGCCGCCCUCGCUGCCGGCACUGUACCAAACGCCGGCGCCCUUCCAGAACUGGCUGGCCACGCUGUCCGUCCACAACCGGCAGCGGGCCGACAUCGCUCCGUCCGAGGUCGGGCCGCCUACCACGGCACCCGUGCUGCCGCCGUCGCCUCCAUCGUCCCUGCUUCACCAAAGAGUGCCUCCAGCCGUGGCCAUACCGCCGCCGCCACCACCGCCACCUCCUCCAUCCACCGCCACUGCUGCGACGGCAGCACUUGUGCCUCCACCAGCUCAAUUGGCCGCGGCAGCGGCGCAACGGCCCAUCCUGGGCGGCAGCAGCCCCGCCAGGUCUUCGUCCAGCGUGUCUCCGGGUGUAACGGCGACCACGCUGUCGCCGUCCACGUCGCCUCCCAUUGCCGGCGGCGCAGGUCCCGACCGCCGAAGCUCAAGCAUCGCCGCUCUCCGCAUGAAGGCUCGCGAGCACGAGAUUCAGCUCGAGAUCAUGCGCAAGACAAACGGCGAGAUUACGAGCUAACGGCCGAGCGAACCUGAAGACUUCUCUAGAGACCAAGCAGUGUUUCCGAUUCCGCCCACCGUCAAUUGACUACCUGAACGCUGAAGACGGCCGUUCGUCCAGCCGCCUUCCCCGACGGAAAGCUUUCGUGUGCCUUGUCGUUACAGCCGUCCACUGCGACUUCGUGAAAAUGGGUGCUUAGGACGUCUUCGAGGAAGUGACCUGGCAUCUUGACGACGUCUAUGACUUAACGACUCUCAAGCAACUUUCAUCUGCACUGAGAUGAACUCUCGCGUAAAAUGCCUUAUUACUGGGCCAACACAUUGAAGCGUCAAGUGCACAAUCAGACGGAACAUUGUUGAGACUCAAAAUGUGAUAAGAUCAACGAGUCAAGAUGAAGUGAACUCAAUAUUCUUAAUUAUGCCACAUGUCUCUUGACGCUGAAGUGUGUGAUAAUAUAACAGUUCUGAACGCGAAUUCCAAUUUCGAAUUGGUCUUGCGUGCAGCGACCUAUGUGCCUUCCAAAGCUUCGAGGACGUAUCUUGUGUGCGGAUAAAGCGACAAGGACUUCCUCUCCUUAUACGAUACCAAAAAAGAAGGAUGCAAGGGGACCAUUUUCUCACAACGCUUUAACGUUUGUCCUCGACUUGUGUGCAGUGAUCGUUCGCGUUCGCCACAUAUUGUCAUCGCUUAUGAUAAUUGAUGUAUAUAUGCAGUAUUUCAUUUUGGCUCUCAUUGCCUCUGUACCACACGUUGUGUAAGUGGCGCUAUUUAUAUUUCGACUUGUGUGCUCGCUUCGCUUGACAGUGUUUUUUUUAACGAAUGGGCGCUCGUGUCUCAACAGACACGCGCACUUAACAUUCCAUAUCUCCAUUUCAUUAUUUUUUCUCCAUUUUUGCGAUCGACAACAGUGAAGAAACAAAAGAAUCUAACGUGUGCCUUACCUUAAAGGGCCACUCCAUAUGCUCCCAAAAUACAAAAAAAGAGCGCAUUAUUCUUUCCUGAUAUUUCUCGUGCUUCUUGGUGCACUACUGUGACGCAGACAGUAUUCUCGUGACGUCUACAACCCACAUGCUCUCGAUUCAUUGAUGCACGCGGAAUACCACAUAUGAUUUGUCUCUUGCACUGCUUUGCCAUGCAGCUGUCCAUCCGUUCUUCGCCUCGCAUGAAUAUUGAGCACAAUCAACCGAUCAAACUUCAUCUUGUGCGUUCAUAACUGCGCAAGCGGUGAUAACAGCGUGCAGUCGAGAAGCGCGAAAUCCUGAUAGGCUCUAGCGCUUAGUGCUGAUAUUGUUCACGUGCAUUCAAGAACUAUAAGGGCGAGGAGGAUGGAUCGUGUGUAUGAAGGAGAAGAGAAAAUUAUCCCCUCGUCUUUAAACGCGGGGUGUUGAGGGGCCCUUUAAGGUGCGAAAACGCCUGCGUGUGCUACGGGGAACUUCCUCGCUAAACCGACAAUUCGCUCGUGCUAUAGAAACUCUGCGUGGCUAUGAAAAAGACUUCAUUCAGCUCAGAUCAUCAUCUUUGGGUAAUAUAUCUCGUAAUUAGUGCCUAGCGCGUGAUACACGCGUUCCAACCUAGCUAACUCAUACUUCACGCCUAGUAUAGUAGCGAAUCUGCGUUGCCCGUAUUUCUUGCAUCAUCGAUAUAAUGUGAUUGUCUGACGGCUAGCCACCUUUAAAAGUGCAUAUCGACAUCCAGGGUAUCGUGAAUGGUGCCUUAUUUACAGCGUACGCCGCAAAUCUGGUAAGAAAUUCAGGAUAUAGAACCGGUAUUUAACUGCGCUUACACCGGUAUAACACUGUACAACAUAGACAUGAAAUGUAGAACACUGACAUUACCAGAAAAUUAUUUGUGACGCACAUAUCUAAGUGACUCUGUGGAACACAACUUGAUAUAAUUGGUCUGUUCAAGUUUUGUUCCUACAAUAUUUUCUGCUUAUUCUGAGAGCUCGCUUCUUGUUAAGAGGCAAACUUCGGCACGAUCAAUACAGCUUUUUUAUUUCGUAUUUUACAGCUUAUUCCAAGAUGCCC